GGAAGGGAAUUCCAGACGCGUCUAGACCUGGAACUCCACCUUUCAAGGCAGCAGUGGGAACUGCACAACCUUUCCCCUCCUAGACCACCAGCAUCUAACUGCUCAAACUGUCCUGCCCUACCCACCCACAGGACUACGCUGUGAGCUGUGUGUUGAGGCUGGGCGCCCAGGCCAAUAAGCUGGUGAUGGGUAUCUCCACUUUUGGGAGGAGCUUCACCCUGGCCUCUUCCAAGACAGAUGUGGGAGCCCCGACCUCAGGGCCAGGAAUACCAGGUCGGUUCACCAAGGAGAAAGGGACCCUCACCUACUAUGAGGUAUGAGCUGGGGAGAAGGUAAGAUUUCCCGGGGCACCCGCAGCCCCGGGGAAGCUGAGCCUCCCACCCCACCCACACUGUACUCCUUUGGAAAUUAAAAAAAAUGUUCCAGCAGACCUAGCACUCUGGAGAAGAGGGAGGAGGAGGCCAGGCACAUCCUGUCUGCACCCACUCUGGCCACUAAGUUGGGGCCUUCCUUCUAGCCCAGGAAAAAACAAUGGCCAAGAGGUAGGUUCUUUUGUUUCGGCCCAUCCUCUGCUGCUCUGUGCUGCCUUGGGCCGGUCCUCAGUGUCAAAGCACUAUUUCCCACAUCCCUGUUUAAGAUGCAGGAAGCUAAUCAGAGCCCCCAUAAUGCCCUCAGGUUACAGCAGCUACAGAAUCCUGGGAUCUUUGCAUCUGUUUUAAGUAAAGUUGUGCGAAGCCUGCAGUCUCUAGGGGAAGAUGUAGCCUGCAGGAAGAAGCAAGGGGCUGAGAGAUUUGGGCUGUGGUGUCCCCCUGGUGACCCGCAAAGUCUCAGCACAGCUCCCCACACCACGCCUGCCCUGUUCUCUGUUCAGAUCUGUGACUUUCUCCGCGGAGCCACGGUCCAUAGACUCCUUGGUCAGCAGGUCCCCUAUGCCACUAAGGGCAACCAGUGGGUGGGGUAUGACGACCAGGAGAGCAUCAAAAACAAGCCCGACCCUCCAGCAAUCCUUGCAAUGAGAGGAAAAGCCACCCGGGAAGCCCUUGCCUGUGGUCCGGAGGAGACUGCCUCUGAGUCUGCAAAUGUGCCCACGACAGAGCCCUCUGGAGAAAUGGCGGCACCGAAGUCUACCGGGGAAGAGCAGGCUCCCAAACCACAGGAGCCUGCCCCUCAGGCACCUGCCCCCGCAGCCUCUAAACCCGCACCUCCAAGUGAAGAUGUCCCCAGUGCCCCGCUGCUGCUGGCUGUGGAGGACGUGAGUGACAGCUCGGUGACUGUGAGCUGGGAACCCCCGGAGAGGCUAGGGAAGCUGGGGCUCCAGGGCUAUGUUCUGGAACUCCGCCGAGAGGGAGCCUUGGAGUGGGUGCCUGUGAAUUCCCGGCCCAUGAUGGUGACCCAGCAGACCGUGCGGAACCUGGCUCUAGGUGACAAGUUCUUCAUACGUGUGGCUGCAGUGAGCUCUGCAGGGGCUGGCCCACCAGCUGUGCUGGACCAGCCUGUCCACAUCCAAGAGAUCAUUGAGGCCCCCAAGAUCCGCGUUCCCCGCCACCUUCGUCAGACCUAUGUCCGUCAGGUGGGAGAGAUGAUUAACCUGCAAAUCCCCUUCCAGGGGAAUCCCAAGCCUCAGGCCUCGUGGACCCACAACGGUCACGCCCUGGACAGCCAGCGGGUGAAUGUGCGCACCGGGGACCAGGACUCCAUCCUCUUCAUCCGCUCAGCCCAGCGCUCCGACUCAGGCUGCUAUGAGCUCACGGUACAGCUGGAAGGCCUGGAGGCCAAGGCAGCCAUCGACAUCCUGGUGAUCGAUAAACCUGGAUCCCCCAGCAGCAUCAGGCUACUGGAUGUCUGGGGCUGCAACGCUGCCCUCGAGUGGACACCACCCCAGGACACAGGCAACACAGAGAUCCUGGGCUACACAGUGCAGAAGGCAGACAAAAAGACAGGGCAAUGGUUCACAGUGCUGGAGCGCUACCACCCGACCACCUGCACUAUCUCAGACCUCAUCGUGGGUAACUCUUACUCCUUCCGAGUCUUCUCGGAAAACCGGUGUGGACUCAGUGCCUCGGCGGCCGUCACCAAGGAGCUCGCCCACAUCCAGAAGACAGAUAUUGUUGCCAAACCUAAAAGUUUUGUUGAGCGAGACUUCUCAGAAGCCCCCUCGUUCACCCAGCCCCUGGCUGACCACACCUCCACCCCUGGCUACAGCACGCAGCUCUUCUGCAGUGUCCGAGCGUCACCCAAGCCCAGGAUCAUCUGGAUGAAAAACAAGAUGGACAUCCAGGGUGAUCCCAAAUACCGCGCCCUCUCUGAGCAAGGUGUCUGCACCCUGGAGAUCCGGAAACCCAGCCCCUUCGAUUCCGGGGUCUACACCUGCAAGGCCAUCAAUGUGCUGGGGGAGGCAUCUGUGGACUGCCGGCUGGAGGUCAAAGCCUCAGCCACACACUGAAGAGCCACUGGUGGAGGCUGUGAUGAGCAGGAAGGUGCUGCAGGCCUGAGAGUUCAGGGCGGCCAGGCCCAGAAUCAAGCUCCACGGAGGCCAGAGGUCCCCAUCUCCAUAGUGAUGACUGAUGGCUUUGCUCCUUGGUACCUGCCUAGCAGGCCCCAGGCCAGGCUUCCUGGAUACAAGGGGCCCUGGAAAGUGCAGAGGCUGGAGCGCUCCUGCAGGGAGCUGUACACUGGGCGAGAAGCACUUGAAUAAAGGUGUGUGGUGAUACAGU